GUGGCGGUGACGGUUAUGAUCAUGAUCCUUCAUCACCGCAGUAGCAUUUGUGCGAGUAAGAGAGAUGUCUCUAGUCUAGUAAAUGGCAACAUGCGUCGUUUUCAAUCCGUGAGCUUUAGUUUUACGUAUAUAAACAUACUAAUAUUUUUUACUCUAAUCAUUUAGCUCGCUAAAUGUAUCGGUAGUUAAAGUACAUGUAAUUAUUUGAAACUAGCUAACUUUGUGUGUGUUUUUUACUGAGAUGGCUGCCUGUAACUUUUUUAUUAACGUGCUGUGACUUUUAUGAUAUAACUUCACGGCAUCAGAUUUUAAGUCGUUGCCUCAGUUUUAAUAAUAAAGAUCAGGAGCUCAAACAAUCAUGUCAGUGACAGGUGAGUUAGACUCGCUCGAAUCCCCCCAUCAGUCCACUGAUCUGAGUGAAAGGACACUGACACCAGAAGAGAUCGAGAAACUCAGAAAUGACCGGGUUUUAGUGUCAGACUUCAAGCAGCAGAAACUCGAAUCGGAUGCUCAGAAAAACUGGGACUUAUUUUAUAAAAGAAACACGACGAACUUUUUCAAAGACAGACACUGGACCACCAGAGAGUUUGAUGAAUUGAAAAACUGCAGAGAAUCUGAAGGAGAGAAGCUGGUGUUGUUGGAGGCUGGCUGUGGGGUUGGAAACUGCAUUUUCCCCCUUCUAGAAGAGGAUCUCAAUGUCUUCAUCUAUGCCUGUGACUUCUCUCCACGAGCUGUUGAGUUUGUGAAGCAAAAUUCCUUGUAUUGCACCGAGCGAUGCCUUGCGUUUCAGUGUGACCUCACUAAGGAUGAUCUUCAGGCUACCAUACAAGUAGAAACAGUGGAUGUAGCCACAUUGAUAUUUGUUUUGUCUGCAAUUCAUCCUGAAAAGAUGCAGAAAGCCCUGGAACAGAUUUUUAAGGUAUUAAGACCAGGAGGUAUUGUCCUCUUCAGGGACUAUGGACUGUAUGAUCAUGCCAUGUUGAGGUUUAAGUCAGGCAAUAAGCUGGGGGAGAAUUUCUAUGUUAGACAGGACGGGACCCGUUCCUUUUUCUUCUCAAGAGAGCACUUGGCUGGUUUGUUCCAACAGGCAGGAUUUGAGACUCUUGUGAACGAGUAUGUGUUGAGAGAAACUGUGAAUAAAAAAGAGGGUCUGUGUGUUCCCCGAGUGUUCCUGCAGAGUAAAUUUCGCAAACCCGUUCCCUCAUAAUGACCAGCAUAAAUUAGCCAUAUUUUUGUAAAAUUUUUUCCAAAGUCUUGUGUAUUAAUUUAUUGACUGUCUGCAUGUUUUUUUUACUAUCUCAUAAUGAAAUAAAAUCUUCUAAUUGUUCA